UCGUUUUGUAACGCUCCUAUGCAAGUAUUCGCGGUAGUUUACGUAAGCGCGCGCGAGGUAUGAAGAAAAAAAAAUGAAAGAAAUAACUUUAUUGCACUGCGCAUCUUGCGUGCGCGCGUACAACGCAAGCGAAAGUGCAGAGCGCGACUAGCGUGUACUACAUUAUAAUGUCAUCAUUCGCCUACAUCGCUCCUCUCACGUUCACUAAUUCUUUUUUUUUCGAGCGUAAAUAGCCGCCGCGUGCGUUGCCGCACGAGACAGUGGAAAAAAAGCGCAGCGUCACCGCGAAUCGAUCGUUAUCGACUCCGAGAAUCGCCGCUCGAUCGUCCCAACGCGUUCCCGUGAAAAGCUCGUUUUGUCAUCCGUUUAUUAUAUGAAGUUACUCAACCCCGAGCUACAGACUUUCCAGCCGCGUUUAAUAUUCCCUAUACGCCGCACACAGCUGCUGCUUUCCUUCCUUCCUCUCCCGCUGUGUAUGUGUGCAUAGUCGUGUGUGUGUUGACUUUCUCUGCGGCCGUCCGUAUACCUUUACACUUUACAAGUAUACUUAUAACGUCCGGUCUAGUAUUCCCUGCGCGCGCCGCGAGAGCGAGAGACACGAAAAAUCGCUCGGCCGAUUCCGAGAAUCUUCGCGCUUUUAAUUUCCACGAGAAUCGCUGCUGGCGCGAGCGAGCGAACGCGGCACGAAAAAUCGCGGCGGCCUUUCGUCACGGAAACUCGGCAUUAGCAUUUAAAAUACGUGUAUACCGCGAGCGAGUUUCUGAGAAAGGGCGCUUAACGCGGCCGUUUGCUUCGGAUAAUAAUCGUUAGCCUUUUAAAAGAGCGAGAGAAGAGAGAGAGAAAAACGCUCGCUUGCACCGAAACGGCGAAGGCCGUGGUACGAUACGUACACUUUAAAGAGAAUGUUAUUAUCGUCGUCGAGUGCGCGGGAGAUAACAAUAGAUUUGUCUCGUUCGUCGAAUCCGAUAAGAAAAAGUGUCUCGUCGCUCUCUCUCGUAUUUUUUCAAUUACGGACAGAUCCAUCCCAAUUAUUUAGCCAUCGGGCCAGCAGACACGUUACACAUUCCUCGUAAUACCCGAGCGGCACAGCGAGAGAGAGAGACUCACGACAGCAGCGGCGGCGGCGGCGGCGGCGGCGCUGUCUCUCUCUCUCCCCACUUCCCUCCGCCCCUACCACGCCGAGCGCGCUCUCCGUUCGGCUCCGCUCUCUCGCGUAUAAUUACGGAUUCAUUCAGUCGGUCGGACGUCGAGGAGAGCGGCAGACGCUUCGUCGUGCUCUCUCACUCAGUCUCCCGCAUUACGUACAGCCGCGCCUCUGCGACAUACGCGCAGUCCAGCUCUUCUUCUCGCGAGUGUGUGCUGUGAAUAUGGCUCUGGUGUGUUUGUGAAUUCAAAGAGAGAAAUCCGUUGAAUAUUGUGUACCGAGAGAUCUGUGUGCCGCUGCGUUCAACGACGACGAAACAGCUGAGCGCGCCAGAGACGGAUCGAGACGACGCCCCGCAGUUUCAUCGAGAAAGAGAAAGAGAAACCGGUAGCAAUCGUCUGGUUAUGCUGUUCUCGACAAGCGGGCAAGCAAAGAGCCCAUCAAGAUGCUGACGGUAAUUUGCCCGAACUGCAGGCACGGCUUCCCGGUAUCGGGUUGCUGCAGCGGUAACAACAGCGAUGUCACCACCAACACUACCACAACCACCACUACAACGGUCAUCAGCUUCGACCAACAGCAGCAGGCUCCAAUCGUCCCGGCGCCGCUGCCUACGUCGAUAUCGAUAGGACACAGCUCCGGUGGUGGUAUGCUCCUCGUCGACGCGCCGCCCGCGCAGUUCCAACAGCCGAUGGUGACGAUCAGCACGCAGUGCGGGAUACAGUCCGGAGGCUGUCUCAUACAGAGCAGCAACGCCGAAGUCAUGCUGCAACACGGUAACGCGGGGAGGCUCGAGCUGAGGUCGAAGAUGUCCGGAGGCGGCUGUCUCGUGCAGAAGAGGAUCGAGCCGGAUUACUAUCAUCACGAGAGCUCGGAUAGUAAAGAAGCCGCUCAGGGCAGACCACUGCUCAUCAGCGAGGAACAGCUGAGGAGCAGCUUCGAGCAGGCCGCCGAAUUCCAUCGCAGUCAUUCCACCACUGCCAGGCUGGAUCCACCGCCGAGCGGCUGUCAGGAACUGCCGGGCACACGACGCGAGUUGCCCGCCUUCACCUCGACUUCCUUCCCCCAGCAGCCGUCGAACAAUCAGCAGCAGCAACAAGCUCAGGCCUCGAGUUCGCCCGAGUGUCGCUGCUGCUGCUUCCACCGCUGCUGCUACACCUACUCCAGGAACAGCAGUAGUGCCGCCGGCACCGGUAACUCGCCGCCCAGACCCUGUUGCGCUGAGGGAAAGAAUUGCCCCAGGAGCAGUGACACCGCUGCUUCGGAGAUAUCAUACCCCCCUCCCUCGGCUCCUCAACAGAGCGGCAGCAUCGAUGCUCCGCAAUAUGCAGGUGACGUGCGAAUCCAGGUGAACGCGACGGUCCACCUGCCCUGCACGAGCUCCACGACAGUGAGCAGUUGCACCUUCAACAUAACGGCCUCCACGUCCGGCUCGUCGACGCCCACCUCCAACUCCGACCCGAGUUCCAAUAUUAGCAGUAACGUCAACGUCAAUCGCCUGCGGAACAACUUCAACGGCGGUGGUAUCGUCACCAUCGACAACAGUACUCCCAGCAACAGCGAGAGCAGUAACGCUAGCAGCGUCGGAAGUAACGUCAGUGUCAUCGGCAGCGUCGCUAACAACAAUGCCGUGAACAACAACAGGGAAGAUAUGCCGGGAACACCGAUCUCCUGGAUGGCGCUCUGCCCGUGGGCCUUCGAACAGAAUCACUUGCCAGAAAAAGAUAUGGCGAAGCUCGCCGACGUGCGAAAAACCCUGCAGAGUUGUGGUUGGUACCACGAGGGCCUCAGCUGGCAACAGAGUGAAAAUUUACUGAAAGAUGCGCCGAUCGGCAGAUGGCUCCUGAGGGACAGCUCCGACAGCAGGUAUACGUUCGCAAUCUCGGUGCAGACAGCGCGAGGACCAACCUCAGUCCGAGUUUUCUACUUCUUGGGCAAAUUCAGACUGGAUGCGGAGCCGCGAUUAGCGUCCACUAUGCCGCUCUUCGAAACUCCGAUCAAGAUGCUCGAGUACUACUGCGAAUACUCGAAGCGCAUGGACGAACAUCGCCAAGAGGUCUGGGUAGACUACAGCGGUCAAGUCUAUUCGCAAAUCUAUCUGUCGGAACCGCUGGUCAAGGAGGUGCGUUCGCUAUCGCACCUCGCGAGGAUCGCGGUCAACAAAGCGGGCGGCAGCAUCAAGAAGGAGCGCGAGAAGUUACCGCCCCUCAUCAAAAAUUAUCUAAAGGAGUAUCCAUACACAUUAUGAGAAUAACAAUGUUGUUUACCGACAAGUGAAACCGGAUUAUUAGUGGCUCAGCGUCGAGCGAGUCAUACGACGUUUUGUUUGUUUUGCGCGAGCUGAUUGUCGCCGUGAACUGGAAAAGCUGCUUACGCGUCUCAAGCGUCAAGUUGAGAAGCAAUGUAUGCGAGGGAAGUGACUCCGUUUCUUGCUUAAUCUAGUGCCUUGAUGAAAAAAAUCAUACAUGUAGUCUAGUCUAACGAUGUGUUGGUCCGAUAAAGCCUAUUUAUUGAAAAUAAGUUUUAUUGUUGUCCCGCGAAUGGCAACGAAUCGAUGUUUGAUCAUUGUUUUUUCUUUUAAACUGAAUUAGUUAAGAUGUCCAUGGGGGAAAAAGUAUUUUCAUUAGUUAAUUGUCGCGAAAAUGAAAUUUUAUCGAUUAUUAUAUAGGAUUGUAUGGUUUUUUUUUUAACAGGAUAUAGUUGUUUGUUUAGAGGAACGUGUUCGUUUAAGCACGGAGAGACCGCCGUCCAGUAUUAUUUAUUCGAUUUUAUUUUCCGAUCAACAACAAAAGUAGGUUAUGAUUCAUCCUGCUAAAACGAUUAAUGUUCUUUAUUGAAUUCGCGGUUAGUAGUAGUAGCACUAAGAUUUACCUUGAAAUGUCAUUUUCCUCUAAACGAGCAAGACGAGUGUACUAGAUCACCCGCUGCGCGUAAUAUUAUUAAACCUAUGACAUUACAUUAUACGUAUUAUGAAGCAAUUAUUUUGAUUGCUUCUGCAUUAAAAUCUGCGUGUUUAUCACAAAGAAUUCAAGUCCUAUGGAUUAUCGCCAUGAGGCGGAAAUAUUAUUUUGAAAAUCGUAACAUAAAGUUCGAGAAUAUAAAAGCAAUCCGCGACCUUUUGCAGACAUCGCAGUGAUUUCGUUUGAGAAGGCAUUGAUCGUCAAAUGAAAAAGAGACAAUAAAAACACUUUUAAUGAUAUAAAGUUUGGUUUUCACAUUAAAUUACGUCUCUUUUGAGUUGAUAAAUUUGUAAUUAAUUUGAAUGAAUUUUCUGUGCAAAGUCGUGCUGUGGGCUUUCUCACUUCGUAGUCAGUCAUCAAUUGUCAAAAGUGUCGCUUUACUUGUGCCCUCGAAUUUAGUCAUCUAAGUACAAUGCUAUCGUUUUGUGUUGCUCGACAAGAGCCGAUUUGAAGAGGCAACGUGAUGAAAUUUUACCAAUCGAUGAUUCGGUCGAAUAUCGUCAUCAUCCUUUAACACAAAUUAUUUUGGUACGAUCGAUGAAUGAUUUUUUCCAUUAAUUGAUAGUGAGCAUUGAUUAUAUUUGAAGGCUCGAUGAACGUAACUAAAUGAAUUGGUUUUUAGCGGUUUGCAGUAACUCAGAUGCGUAAAUAUUAUUUUUAUCGAUUGAUAUUAUUGUGUUUACUCUUCUCAUCGAUGCUCCAUCGCUGUCGCGUAAAAAUUUUGUAUUAUUAACAGAAAAUAGCAGGAGGUAGAAAUUUGUAUGUAUUGUGUGCGUGUCGUAUAUAUAAAUUGACUUGUAGAUUAUUAAAAAGCAAAAAAACAAAAAACUCUGCCUCUAUAUUAGAGGCGAAGCUAUUUAAGGUUUAUUGUAUACAUAUAAUUUCAAGCUUCGCACUCGAAGAGCGAUUAACGUUUUUCAAACCGCAAUUGCGAUCAAUUAAAAGAAUCUUAUUUUCUACCCUUCCUCCGUAAUGCGCAUUUUGUGUUAAUCCACAUAAAUGAAUUUGUAAAAUAUAGAGCGUAAGGAACGCGUGCGAAGUGAAUUAUGUAUAUUUUUGCGUUAUUGCUGGCUAUUGGUAAGCCGGACCAAACGAUGAGAGACUGAUCAGGCCGUAAACUGCCAGUUUUGGUCGACGAGCUUUUUCGCUAUAUUUCAAGAAAGCAUGUCGAUAACUUCAAUAAAACAUUGUACUUUAUUAUUACAAUGAAAUGUGUAUAAACGAGGUAAAUUAUUAAAAAACUAUUUAUUAUAUGUCAUUAA